AUGGCACCGUGUGUUGCUUCUGUUCCUUGGCAGCAAGAAGUCGGAAGAAUUGCCCAUAUCCUUGUCGAGAGUAGAAACAGUUUGAGCGCCCUGAAAGAAUCAGAGGGUUGGCAUGGAAAGCAACGCGCAACUAAGAGGAGAACCCCGCCGCAUGGGAAGGGUGCACAUGCUUCGACGCUUGGUCCCGCAACUCUGAGCAGCACCUGCCUGCUGUGCUCUCAGAAAGUGAGUAGCAGAGGGGUGCGCAGCCCGCCCAGUCAACAGAGGGCAAAGCCAUCGCUGGCCCUAACGCGUCUGCCAGACCUUGGGGGUCUGAAGGCGUCCGGCGUGAGCCGGCGCCGGUCGUUGUCGGGCGCGCCUGUGCCUGCGCGUGCCUGGCUGGACAGCCUGGCUGCGCCUCGGACAGCACCGCCUGCGCCGCAUGACAGGUUGCAGCAGGGGCGGAGGAGGGAGCCUCUGUUGGAUGGGAGCAUCGAUCCGCAGGGCAGCUGGCAGGAGGAGGGGGAGGGAAGAGAGGCUGCCGCGGAGGUUGGGGUUGCUGGAGAAUUGACGAGUGAGGAGUUGUGGCUGAGCGUGCGCGAGCAGCCGGGGUUCAGUGUGGAGCGGCUGGGUGGGCAGCGCAUCGUGGAGCUGGUGUCGGCGUGGGACAGGCUCGCGCCGCAGCUGCCGCCGGACGUGGGCAAUGGAGCAGCAGCGCAGGUCUUGCUGGGUGCUCUCAAGCUUGCUGUCCCCGCGCUGCAAGGACCCUGCGUUGCAGAGGGCGGCCGCCCGCGCCUGCUCAGGGCCCUGGAGAUUGCGAAAACCCUGGCCAGCCUAAAGAUGGACGCUGCCACGCUGGCGGCGGGCGUGCUGGUGGAGGCGGUGGCGGCGGGCACGCUGAGUGAGGCGGCUGUGGAGGCGGAGCUCGGCCCUGCAGUGGGGCGCCUCUUGCACGACAGCGGCCGUGUGCGUGCUCUGCCCUCACGCGUCGACUCGUAUGAUGAUGACACCGCACGAGCGCUGCGCCAAUUCUGCCUCGCCUUCCAUGACGUGCGUGCCAUUGUGGUGGAGCUGGCGGCGCGGCUGGAGACGAUGCGGCACGUGGGCGGGCUGCCGCGGUACCAGCAGGCGCUGGUGGCGCUGGAGACGCUGGCCAUCUACGCGCCCAUGGCGCACGCGCUCGGCACGGGCAGCCUCAUGUGGGAGCUGGAGGACGCCGCGUUCCGCGUGCUCUACCCCUCCGCCUACGCGUCGUGUGAGGCCUUCCUGCGGCGCCACUGGGCCGACAGCCCGGCUCUGCUGGACGGCGCCACGGCCGCGCUGGACGCUGCGCUGCGCCGCGACAGCCGCAUGGGGCAGCUGGCGCACAGCUGGGCGCUCUCCAGCCGCACCAAGAGCCUCUACAGCUUCAUGCGCAAGCAGCUCAAGGAUGGGCGGGGCCACAGCGAGGUGUACGACCUGCUGGGCCUGCGCAUGAUCAUUAAGCCUGUCCCUGGAGGGGGAAGAGCCGCGGAGGAGGCGCGCGGGGCGGAGGCCUGCUACCGCGUGCGCGAGGUGGCACUGCAGCUCUGGCAGGAGGUCCCGCAGCGCUACAAGGACUACAUUGGGAGGCCCAAGAAGAACGGGUACCAGAGCCUGCACAUGCUGGUGCAGCCCGCGGGGGGCGGGGUGGCCCCCCCUGUGGAGCUGCAGGUCCGCACUGAGCGCAUGGAUGCGCAGGCCGUAUCGGGGGCUGCCGCGCAUGGAGCCUACAAGGGGGGCCUCACCGAUCCUCAGCAGGUGGAGCAGCUGCGCCUCAUCAUGGAGGCUGCUGCGCAGAUGGCCGCCGCCAGCUUCCGCACCCCGCCAGGGCGGGCCACGCCGGUGGUGGCGGGGGCUGCCGCGGAGGACCACGUGUUUGCGAUGCUGGACAAGAACGGGGACGGGCGCCUGAGCGUGGAGGAGCUGCAGGCGGCCAUGUUGGAGCUGGGCGCGAGCGGGGCAGGCGACGCCGCGGAGCUGAUGACGCUGCUGGACUGCAACACGGACGGCAGUGUGUCCCUCGCCGAGUUUGCGCUCUUCCGCCGCCGCAUCGCCGUACUGCGCGACCUGCCGGACCGCGACGCCGCCAUCCACGCCCAGCUGGCUGCCGCCUGGGCCGACCCGCCCGGCGAGGUCGCGGAAGCGUCGUACUGGCCCCUCUUGGAGGACGGCAACGAGAAGGGGGCGACAACAGGGCAGCCGAUACCAGGAGCGCCCGGGGAGGGAGAUGCCCAGAGGUCGCCGUGUGCGGAAGAUGCAGACGAGAGGGGGGGAGCUGCUGCGGGGGCUGGCAACAGGGCGGAGGCAGGACCCAGACCCGAGGAGGGCGCAGCAGGGGCAGACAGAGGGGUGGAAGCCACAGGCGGCGCGGCCAACGCAAGCUGGAGCACAGGCGGGGACACGAGCGCCCGGCGCGCAGGGCUGGAGGGCAGCAGCCGGGAGUUACUACUGCGGGGUGUGCAGAGUAGCAGCCGCCCGAGCAGCGUGGCGGCCAGUGCGGGGAGGGUGGGGGGCAGGGCCCUGGGAGCAGGAGGUGCGCGCAGCGGCGCCCCGCGCAGCCAGGCCGUCGGGGCCAGCUUCGGAGGUAGGGGGGGCAGCGGCGUGGCCGCAGUGGCGAGCCGCGGCGCUGUUGCGGAGGAGCUGGUGGAGGAGCUGCGGCAGCGCGGGGGCCGCGCCGCAGGGGCCCCGCCGGCGGUGGUGGACGAGCAGGAGUUCCUGGUGGAGAAGGGCAGCGACCUGGACCGCAAGCUCAGCCACUACACCGCCUCCAGCGCCGCCAAGCCGCACCCGCACCCCAGCCCAACCCCGUCUGGCACCGGCCGCACUCCGGGGGGGGCCAACGGUGGGGCCGACCACGUGCUGACGCGGCAAGAGCUGAACCGGCGGCUGGCCGGCAUCCCCAACGAGGGGCCUGCAGAGCUGGGGCUGGCGCCGGCAGGAGAGGGGGGAAACGGGCGAGCAGGGACAGAGGGGGAGCGCGGGCGCGGGCUGGCCCGGGCGCUGCAACGGGUGGAGCGGCAGAUGGCGGAGGGGCGGUACGACGCUGCCCGCACACUGCUGAACGUGGUUGCGGAGCGGCACCCCGACGAGGGCCGCCUGUGGCUGCUCUUUGGGCACCUUGAGAGCCGCGACCCGCUUGGGGCGGGCGCCUCCCAGGUGUACGCACGCGCGCAGGCCUGCCUCGAGCGAGAGGCCACCGCCGCAAAGCAGAGGGGCGAUUGUGCCGCGGAGGAGUGGCAGCGCGUGGAAGCGGACCUGGCCGAGGCGCGCGCGGCUCUGCGCAGCCUGCCAGCCGAAGGAGGCAGCGGCGGGGGCGUCUCGGCGGCGCGAGCGGGGGCCGACCCCCUGCGGCACGUGCUGGGGCGGGGCGGGGAGCGGGGCAGCAUGCCUCGCAGCGGGGCGGCGCUGCACCAGCUGGCGCUGAGCUUUGCCUCACAGGGAAAUGUGGCACGCGCCCGCACGCUUCUGUUGACGGGGCUGCAGGCGGCGCCCCGUGACGCGGUACUGCGGCUCACUCUGGCACGCCUGGAGGCCGACGCCGGCAACAUUGCUGCCGCCAGGGACCACUUCCAGCUGGCAGCCGCCGCUGCACCGCACAACGUGCUCGCCUGGCAGAGCUGGGGCGUGUUUGAGGCGAAGCAGGGCGACUUUGGCGCUGCGCGGCGGCUGUUUGAGCGGGGGCUGGCGCUGGAUCCCCGCGACGCGCGCCUGCUGCUGACGUGGGCCAAGCAGGAGGCGCGCCGCGGCUGCCCCGAGGGCAAGGAGAAGGCGACGGAGCUGUACCAGCGCUGCCUCGACAUCGACAAGAAAAACGCGCCCGCGUGGCAGGCGUGGGGCCUGCUGGAGGCGGAGACGGGCAACGUGUUUGGCGCGCGCCGUCUCUUCGAGGCCUGCCUGCAGGAGGUCCCGCACGACCCGGCCCCGCUCACAGCGUAUGCGCGCAUGGAGCGCCUCUUCGGAGCACUUGACGCGGCGCGCACGCUGCUCAAGCGCGCCACGUACAUGGACCCCCGCCACCAGCCCGCCUGGACGGAGUGGUCGCUGCUGGAGCAGCAGGCGGGGCGGCCUGCCGCGGCUGCCGAGCUGCUGGAGCGCGCGCGAGCCGUGCCUGCGCCCAAGGGGGCGCCAGCACCAGGCGAGCGGAAGCUGGGGGAGGCGGGCAACGGGAGGGCCCGCCACAGAAAGGGGCCCCGCAGGAAAGAAGCGGGCCUGCAAGAGGGGAGCGCAGCAGAUGCAAGUGUGGCGGAAGGAAGGUCGCGGUUGUCGUUCGAGGCCUCAGUCCAGGCCUUGAAAGACUCCUUUAGGCCGAGCACCGCCUCCUGAUAGUUUACACGUCUUGGGGAGCAGCUGUGGCGUCUGUUUUCUAGCCUGGCUGCAGAACCGCCCUGUUUGGUUCCACUAGUUCGAGCAGGUGUUUGCAUUGUGCAGCGACAGAAGGUGUCGUCUGUUGUCAAAGCUCCCGGCUUGCUGGCGUUAGCGAGCCCUUUGUACAGUUUCGAAUGAGUUGUGUAUUGUUUGUGGGAAACCUGCUAUCAAUCAAGCAAUUUUGCCAUCUGUCGAUUUCUGGAAUCUAGCUGUGAGUACGAAUAUUGGACCAUGGUGGACGCUUUUGGGCAAGCGGCAAUCACUGACUUGUAAUAGUCUGCCGAAUCUGCUACAAGUGGAAAGUGCUGUGUACUUUGUGCAUGCAUAUACUUUUGUAUGUGCAUGCACAAUAUACUAAUGUCAACAGCUAGCCUGGGCCUUGCUCCCAUCAUUCAUAGCUUUGCAAAAGUGUAGUGCAGCUAGUACUUACCUAUACUAGUAGUGCCAUGUAGCCAAAGAAGUCACAGGCUUUCAUGCAUGCGAAUUACAUCAAUAUUGUGCCAGGA